AUGGCGGCCGUGGCUGCAGAGCCAGGAGCUGCUGCGGCAUCAACAACAGCAGGGGAAGAGGUUGAGUUCGAAACGGAAUCAGCUGGUCAUGAGGGAAAACUGAAUUCGGAUGUAACUCAGGGCUCUGCGCCGGUAAUGGACCUUUGUCACCAACACAGAGAUGUGGAUGCAGUUCAGGAAUGCAGUCAGUUCCAAAUGGAGAUAGUGAGAAGGCCGGACAUCGAAGCCGCGGGAAAAACCCUCUCUGUUCAUGGAGAUGAUGAGCACGACAAAAUUGGUUGUCUCGGUAGCGAAGGGGACAAUACCGGGGAUGAUUAUUUUGAGGACUACAAACUGAAAGACAAUGUAAUGACGGAGUGCUUGAAAGAACAGUGUUCCCCUAUUUUGGAGUCUGCAAACGAGGUCAAUCCUCACGACUCUCACGCCUGCCUUUUGCCGAGCUCCAUCUCCGUCUCUCAGCCAUCAGUGGUCUUUUUGCAUUCUCUCCCAGUUCAUCCCUCCGUAACAGAAACUGGGCUAUCCCUUGCUGAACCGGCCGAACCAGCAAUCGUGGGACUCAACCUAGAAUCCAUCGAUCAUUUUAGGGAACUGAUAAAGCCCUCUUCUGAACCAGACCCAGUGCCCGAAUCCGCAUGUGAUGCUACUGGUUCAGAAUUCAUGCCCCUGGAGGAUGCUCUUCACGAAUGCCCGCAACAUGUCGACCAUCCACAGUCUUUGUCAGUUUCAGAGAGUGAGUCAAAUAUCGGAGAAAUAUCCGUGGACGAAACCUUCACGAGUGACUUUUCUGCCGUUCCUGCAGACCACUCACCCCAACUUCACGUCGUAGGGGAUACGGUCCUGUCAUCCCUAGUGCCAGUGGACUCCUGCUCACCCCAACAGAGGUUCGAGACUGGUCUCUGUGAAGUAAAGUCUGAACCCAAACCAUCCUUGCCCAUAUCAGAAACAACAGGGUCACCGCUCGACACAGUCGAGCACCUAAUACCUGGAUCUGAGGUUCGAGUAUCUUUGGAUCACAUCAUCGAUGACGCAUUGGUUGUGUCAUUUCGUUUAGGCGAAAAGAUAUUUUCCGGCGUGCUCAUGGACCUCUCCAAGAGGUUUGGACCCUAUGGAAUUCCAAUCACAUUACAUCCGAAGAGAGAAUAUAAGGAUAAACCAGAAUCUAUGCAACUGAAAGCAGUACCCCCUCAACCGGAAACCGAGAAAGGAGGUAGUCAGGACGCCACUGACGCUCCCCGGGAAGACCCCGCGGAGGGUUGCAAUGUCCCAGAAGCCACGCCUGAGCCCCAGACGAACCCAUGGACCUCAAAACCGCCCCCCUUGUUUCAGGAGGGGGCUCCUUACCCGCCACCAUUGUUCAUCAGGGACACGUACAACCAGUCAUUACCUCAGCCUCUGCCUCGAAAGAUCAAGCGGCCCAAGCGCAGGCUGUACCGAGAAGAGCCCACGUCCAUCAUGAACGCCAUCAAGCUGCGACCGCGGCAAGUGCUGUGCGACAAGUGCAAGGGCGCCGUGGCGACGGGAGACAGGCGGGAGACGCGGCGAGGUCUGGCAUCCGACUGCCGGGCCGACGAUGCCAAGCGGCGGCGCGGGGACAACGCCGCAGCGUCCGCCGCCGGCAAACGGCCCAGGAACGACCACCGGCCCGAGGAGAAGGGCCGCGGUUCGGACGGGCACAAGCGGCAGGCUCCAGGCAUCCGGAUCUCUGCCUCCUCUUCCUCUCUCGGCGCGGUGAAGGGAGGGGCAGGUGCAAACAGGGUGGUGAACAGGGGGGUGUCGAGCACGGCAGGCAACAGCUCCAGAGCUGUCCAGCUCAACACCAAGAAGGUCCUGCAGAGUAAGAACAUCGACCACGCCAAGGCCCAGGAGGUGCUCAAGAUCGCCAAGGCGCAGCGACAACGGGACCGGGAGACGACGUCCGGCGGCAGCGGCAACACCAAGGCCAUGACGAGGGCGGCCGCGCUGCAGGAGGCCCACCAGAAGGUGCACUUCACCCGGCGUCUGCAGCAGAUCAGCGGGGCCGGCACCGGCACCGGCGGCAUCUCCACCACCCCGCUGCCGCCGCGGAUGCGCAUCAAGCCCCAAAGGUACCGUAACGAAGAGAACGACUCUUCCCCUUGUAAGCCGCCUUGCCUUGAGAAAGUGCCGGGGGGGAGCGGCCACGUGUUGCUGCCCAAGCCCGGCCCGCCCCGCUGCCCCUCUACGCGCUCCUCCUGCUCCUCCUCCUCCUCCUCCAGCUCCACUGGGGAGGCCGCCCCUGCUGCUGCUGUUGCUGCCGCUACUGCUGAAAGCCUGGGUCCCGCCAAAGCGACCGACCCCGAGCCCAGACCGCUGGGCCCUUCCCAAUGCCAGCCCCCCCUCCUCCCGCUGCUGGAGCCCGAGCCUGAGCCCGAGCCUGAGACGGCCACGGAGAGCGGGGACUCCAAGGUGGAGCCCGACGAGUCGGAGGGGCAGGAGGAGAGGCGGGAGACGCGCGGGAGCAAGGCCGGCAACCUCGUGGUUUACGUGUCCCUAAACCCCAACCAGCCCGACUCCUCUAGUACCUCCAUGUGCAGUGUCGAUAGCGCAGAUGAGAUAAAGUCCUCGAACUCCGAGUGUAGCUCGACCGAGACCUUUGACUUUCCCCCGCCCGGUGCUUUGCCCUCGGCGGCCCCAGCCCCCGGCACGUCGUCCUCCGCAGUCGCCACCGCCGCUGCCGCUUCCUCGUCCGCCCCUAAGGACGAGACAAGGCGCGGUAAACCGAUCAAAGGCACAGUCUAUUCCAAAAGCGUCUCAAAGUGCGUUGCCUUGGACGGCAGGACCAUUUGCGUAGGGGACAUUGUCUGGGCCAAAAUCUAUGGCUUCCCCUGGUGGCCAGCCCGCAUCUUAUUGAUUCAAGUGAGCCGCAAAGAUAACGGGCUCUUAGUCAGGCAGGAGGCUCGUGUGGCCUGGUUCGGUUCACCGACCACCUCCUACCUGGGCCUUUCGCAGCUCGCUCCCUUUCUAGAAAACUUCCAAUCCCGCUUCGACAAGAAGAGAAAGGGCUUGUACCGUAAAGCCAUCACAGAGGCAGCCAAGGCUGCCAAGCAGCUCACACCUGAGGUUCGCGCCCUCCUUACGCAGUUUGAGACGUGAGGUGCUUAAGCCUCGGGGCAAGUGAAAGGUAGGCAAAGCAGGCACCCACUUAACGCCCCCACCCCACCCCGUACUCCACGUGAGGUUAGUUUUCAGCAUCCAUUCCGUGACAGAGAAAGUGUCAGGUCAGACACUUAGGACUCCUUUUAUUUUAGCAUGUGGAAAGGGGAACGCCGAGAGAGGACUUAAAAAGAAGCAGAGGUUUGGGCGUUCAGAUGAUGGCUGCUUUGCAUCAUGAUUUUUAAACACUAAAUGUUCACAACAAUCAAUAGGUUUUUUUUCCCCCCUUUUGUUUUUAAGAAAAUGUCUAACAUUUCUGCAGAUAGUAACAUAGCAGCUAAUCUCAACAUUGAGCUCCUCUGUCUAGGUCUUAUGUCUUUAUCCCUCAUGUGAUUGCAUCCGCAAACAUGCCUGUCUUUAAUGUUGAUAGCAUAAACCAUGUCGAUCUGAUAAUAAUUUAUGGGUGAAUGUGUGAAGUCUGCGAGCUGAGUUAGGUUUAUGAACCCUUUAAGCCGAUCAUCAGUUUUUUUGUGGAUGUGAAAUGCAUGAAUCAUUUUUCAUAGAGAGGGCUGAAUAUAUUCAAAGCAAUAUGGGUUUUAUACCACGGGUAGCAGUGAGUGUACACAUCAACAUCCCUCUGUGUGGAUGGAUACCACCGUACCCAUGACGUUUAAAAGGACUCUGGGAAAACUCAGAAAACUAUUUCUCCCAUAAAAUUACUGUUGUCCAUCGCGAGGAUCUAGACUGUUACUCUAUCCACAGAAACUAAUAGAUGUACCUUUUCUACAUCUCCAACAAUUAUAUGUCCAUUUGUAUCCUUUACCUCCUGUAUAAGAUCAAGGGCUGUCCGUACUGUGGAGCUGGUAUUAAGCAGGCAACAUGCUCCCCAGAUUCCAGGGAACACACACGCACUGAUGAAGUAGGUGUAAUUACAGUGCAAUGUGUCUAUAUUCUGCCAAUUGAGUAGAUUAUUGUUCAGUUGAUACAUGUACAAGGAAGAUAGAUUGUUGUUGUUCCUUUGUAUGGAUAUUGAUGCAAGCGGCAUAAAGGUUCUGCGUGAGGAAUUAGAAUGGUCAGUUUCACUCAAGAUAAGGUAUUAUGUGUGAGAAUGAUAAAUGACUAUGACUACUAUAAAGGCUGAGGUCCUUGUUAGUUAAUUUGUAUUGGUUGAGGAUGGUAUGGAUUGAGAGUACUUUUGAGAGUACUUUUAACUAAGUGUUAAAAAUGGAAAGGGGCAUUGUCCAUUCAGAAAUGUUAUUGUAAUAACAUUAUUUUGAAAUACACCUCUAAUCCGUUUGUAAGGGCAAUUCCACAGCCUCGCAAGGUGCUGUGUGCAUUAGGUGGUGGGGAAAUUACACCAUUAAGAUGUGUAUGAAAGAAGCUAUGCUUUGGAUGCAUCGUUCCGUUUAUCCUAUAGCUGGCAAAAGCUGCUGGUUGUGGAGUUGUAGCUCUGAAGCAGAAAGCUCUUUAUCUUGAGGUGGCACGAGGCCAGCAGUGGAUCUCACGGCAGAGGCAGCAGUGUUCUGAGGAGCUGCCCGUAAGCCAAAUUCACCUUAAGUGCCCAUGAGAGGAGUGCCAUGCUGCUCUUGUCACACACACACACACACACACACACACACACACACACACACACACACACACACACACACACGUACAUUAUCCACACACACCACCUCUCUGCCUGCCUGGAAAAGAGAUCAUGGGUCUGCCAGCCAACCACAAGGCUUCAGUAUCUAUAGCCCUAGUGCUUUUUAGCUCUUGUCUUGUCUGGUUAUUUUCUGUGUGUGUGUCUCCCAGUUUUGUUUUGUGUUUUUUUAACCCAAUCUUCCCUUUUACUCUGUUCUGGACAGUGGAGCUCAUGUUUGGUUUUAAUGCACACAAUAUGUAGUGUUUUAUUGAAGGUAUACACACUUGAAACGAUCGCCUUCAUUUGUGUUGUAUUCCAGAGCACAAUGAAUAUGUACAUAGUCACAGAUGCAGACAAGAGACAACCUAAACCCCAUUUUUUGUCCUUUUGAGUGCUCAAAGCUGUGUGGGGGUUGAAUUUUAUCAAAUGGUUUUGUUCUACUAUAAUAUUUGAGUAAGUUGUCCCAAAUAGCUUAUUUUUGUAUGUGAGUUGUGUGAGUUGUCUCCAUUUUUAGGGUCAUCAUGACACAGCUGUACCCUUUGGAGGGCAAUGUCUGUUUUAUUUUAGUUUUUUUUUUCUUUCUGUGGUGUGCCUGAACUUUUAUUUUCUUGCCUUUUGACUAGUUUGGCUGUCUAGUCUGGCUGUGAAUCUUGAAUAUGUACAUGCAUACAUGUGAAUAUAUCCAGUUCAUGUGUAUGGAGGUGCAGUGCUGUCAAAUGGAACCGGAGCAUUUGGAAGGAACAGCCAGACAGCUUGCCUCCAAACUGGUAAUAAAAUGGUUGUGCAUUUAUGUGGUUUGAGGGGGAGAGAGAAUUUUGAGAACAUACCUGUUCCCGUUUCAUUAAUAGUUCACUCUGUGACAAGCACAUCCCAUUAGACUCUGUUAUCCCCCCUUCCACUGUAAAAAGGGACAUACUGUAGGACAUCUUGGUCUCUUGGUCUCCCCCGUUGUUCUCAUUCAGUAGGUAGAGAUCUAAGACCAGUGUAAACUUGCUUGGUAGUCGACAACACACUAACUGACUUUUGGCCUUUCGUCAAAACCAGAGAAUUUGUAUUUAUUUUGGUGGCUGGCUUUUUUUUUUAUGUUUUCAUUUUAAUUUGUUCUUUGUUUUUGUUUUUGAGUCUGUUUGCAGGUCAGAGAAUGCUGUAAAUCCUUUGAGAAGAAGUUACAUUUGAAAAUAUUGUGUAAAUGUUUCUGUUUCAAGAUUAUAUAAAUAAAAUGUGAACCUAAAGAAUUUUAGCGUAGUUGUCAUUAUUUAAACCUUUCCAUGUCCCCCCUAGCCCCUAAGCUAAAGGCUUAAUUAAAGUAAGUUUGUGAAUAUUUACUCUGUGUUGAACACAGUUGUUAAAAUGGCUGUGUCACAACUAAUAAAGGGGGCCUGACCUCCCCUGUCAUCUGUCAAAGAACUCAGACAGAUUCUCUCACCUGCAAACAGACUUUAACAUGUCUAGCGAGUUUCAUAGUCCUAGCUAUGUCAAGUUGUUACACUGCAUGGAGCUUGUGUUUUUCAUACUGAAAAGAAUUUCAACACUUAAGAAAAAUCAGACCACUCAGAAGUAUACUUCAUAUGAGCAACAACACAGUACUAACCAUAUUUUGUAUCUAUUUCUUCAGGUUUUUGGUUUGCUGGGUAGAUCUGUGCAUAUUUUUUUAUGAAAGCUUUUGUAACUACAGUGAUAUUUGGCCUGAGGGGCUGACAAUUGCUCAGUAUUUGCACAGAAACCUUUGCUGAGCAAUUUCUGUGCCAUUAAUCUGUCCUAGAUUCCAAUGGUUCAAAGGUAGGCUGUACCUCUGCCAAGUACUUCUGAUUCAGUUUAUACUGAGCAGACACUAUCGUUCCAAACUGAAAUGUCAAUAGCAAUCCCCUUCCUUCCUAUGGUAGCUUUAUGUGGGGGAGCCAUGCAACAGAUGUUGAGUAAGUGGAGAGGCUCUGUUGAUAUUUAUAGGUACUCCUUGGACUGCAUAGCUAAGUAAAUAGAACUGUUGCAAGGCUUAUAGCACAUAUCCUUCUGUUGGAUUUGCGGACAUAAACAGACUGGCAAGCAUCUGGCAUGCCUUUCUGCUCUUUGCCAGUCUUGAUCUAUAAAGGUAUUUUGUGCUAAGCAAGUGAUGUCAUUCGGCACUACCCAAAAGUUCACCCGGCUAUGAUUUGUACAGUAUCGUUAUAUCUGAUGUAUUGAAAACGUUUAUGAACAAAAUCAGAGAAUUUGUAUUUAUUUUGGUGGCUGCACUGGUUGCUUAUAAAUAUUGAAUUGCUAACAAACAAGCUAAAGGAUAUGAUGUAUAUUAAAGAGGUUAAAAUAUACAGUUUCAAACUCUAUGCCAACACUACUAAGGUAUUGCUGAUAAUUAAUCUAACAGCUCAAAUGGAGGAUCAGAUUUCAUUAUUUUGACAACAGUUUUCUUUUCUCUGCUCUUUCCUCUAGUGCUGCCACACUGAAGGGCUGCUGAUGAGUCCAUGGCCUUCUGAACACACUGCCAGAGGCUGGAGGGGAGAGAUGGUAAGAGGAAGACUCAAUCUACCACAGGACAAAAUGGGCCAAGAGGAGAUAUUAUUUUUUAUUUAAGAAGAUUAUAUAUAUAUAUUUAUAAUUAAUUGCUGACUGGCUCCAACCUCAGCUCCUUUGAUUAUGCGAGGAAUCAUAGAUCUUGCAGUGUGGUUUUUUUUCUUCUUUUUUUCCCCCUCCUUGAGCGGGCGUCCGUUUUCAAAGCAUGAUCUGAGUCAAGGUCAAGGCCGAGAUCAGAAGGCACAAGGCGCUACUGCAAGCAUUAAUCAAAGGACAGAUGAUGCUGCAAGAAUUAGCAAAAUAAAUAAACUAUGAAAAGUACAACACCUCAGUCCAGAGGAAAUGUCUAAGAUUGCAUGUGUUAUGCUGUCACAGAAGUGCAAAGAUGGAGGAUCUGGCUUUUGCUGUGCAAAGUGGUGGUGAACUUCCUUCUUUUUGCCCCAAAAUAUGUGAAAUUUGUUGUUUUAAUGAUGGGAUAUAUUUAAAGUGGCAUAGCCUUAACAAGUGGGCUCUCUGAAGUCCACUUUGUGUGUUGUGUUUAUACGAGGAAUAGGACAUUGGGAAGAAUAGAUUCAUUUUGUCAUUUACGGGCAAUUAGCUGAAUCAAAAGUAUACAGACUUAACAAGCUCAGUAUACCCGCUCUGUCUAGGACUGUUAAUUUAGACCUAAUUUCCCCCCUACACUCCCAGUCACCCAUGCUCCAUUCUCCUACAACCAGUUCAAGGAAAAUAAAUAGCAAAAUGUCCUUUGUAGUCCCCCCUGUCUUUAUGGUCCCAUGGAUGUAUGCUACAGCAAGCCCAGUUUGUCCUCCUUGCUUCAAAAACUUUCCCUAUGGAGCUCCUGUUUAAAUUAAAUGCAUAGUGUGGGAGGGCGGUCUCUGGCGACACUGGCUGAUCUGAAAUCUCCAAGACAGAUCGAAACAUCAAUGAAAAGCUGCAGACCUGGGAAGAUGUGGCCUCUCCUCUUUUGUACAUAUGUGCGUUUCAAAACAAUCGGAUGACUUUCUUCAAAUUAACAUACGAGAAUGAUGGUUGUGGGGAAAUUGUUCCGUUUUUACUGUUAUCUGUAUAUCUCUAUGAACUGAAUAUUAAACAUCUGCUUUUGCCUUUG